GUGACCACCAAUGGCACUUUUCUACGUGACAUACAUUAAAACAAACUAUACUUAUAUUUUACCCCAAACUUAAAUUAACUCUCGCUCACCACCUCCAAAUUCAUUCCACUCACGCCACACACCAUUACACCAUCCAGACCUUCACCACCAGUUUCAAAUCGUUAAGGCAAUAUCCCAAACAAAACAAUGAAAGAUCUAUCUUUCUUCUUCCUCAAGAAACACUUUCUCGCCUCGAGAAUGCGAGGACGAGGUACACGUAGCGGCUUUGCGAGCUCUUGUGGUGGCGAUGGCUCGACUUCCACGCUAAACCAACAUCAAAGCAUUGAUGUGAGACCAUCCAUCACACCUGAAAACACUCCUUUUGGUGGAGGGUCUCCGAGAACGUUGGAGGAUAUGAUACUUCAGCUAGAGGUUGAAGAAGAUCUUGUUCGGAGAGCUAGGUUACGUGAAUCUUACUACGGUUCUUUUGAUAAUGGCGACGACAAUGAUGAUGAUAACUUGUAUCAACCCGUUCGAAUGUCAUGCGUUAACAGUUCCGAUAUCAUGAGGUCGGCGAGGAACGCGUUGAACCAGUACCCACGUUUCUCCCUGGACGGUAAGGAUGCGAUGUACCGGUCGUCAUUCCAGCGCCAGCUAGGCGCCGGUGCAGACGUGGUGAGACAUGGUGGGCCUAGAUCAAACUGCGAGGACGAACGGAGCCAGACAAAACGGCUGCCUCGGACUGUGGCUGGGGAGAGUGUAGUGUGGUGUGAGACGGGGGUAGUUGCGAAGCUGAUGGGUCUGGAGAUGGUACCGGUUCCGGUCAAGGGUAGAAGGGGAAAAGAUAAGUUGGGGACUCUGCUCAAGAGAGAGCGUCUAAGGAGGAGAGAUCAGACUCUCGACAUUAACGGUCUCAAUGGUCAGACCACCGAAGCUUCACGCUCUUCUGGAGGGUGUAAAGCGAUGAGACCGAGCAGAGCGGUCGGUUCACCUAGUCGCGUGGGUGGAUGGCCCACACUCCGUUUCCCAUAGGGUUAAGUUUCAAUACUAGUUAUGUGACUAGGCUUUAACUCCUCUAGAAAACC